AUGUCGCACAAUGAUGCCUAUGUAAAUGCCAUUGAGCGAGCCAAAAUGGUUGUAUCUAAGUUUAAUCAAGAUGAUAGUCAUUCCAAUGGCUCUUAUAACGUCGGAAAGCGAUCGGCUGACUCUAUGGGUGGAUACGCUCCGCCUGAAAAGAUGAUCCGCAAUGACAAAGGAAUCGCAGCCGCACAGGAAGCAGCUGCAAGAUUAAAUCAAAAGCUCGGGGCUUCAGGUGCACCUUCUUAUCAACAGGGGUCAUCUGAUCGCUUAAUAACCACUGAGACAUCCAUUCCUGACCGUUAUGUUGGCUUAGUAAUAGGCAAAAAAGGCGAACAGAUAACAUCCUUGCAAAAUGAAUCCAAUUACAAAGUACAGAUUGCUCAGGAAAGCAAUGGUAGGGAUCGGGUUGUAACCCUCACUGGAACUCAGCAGCAAGUUGCGUUCCGACAACACGCAGGUAUGCCUCGCAUUUACUAUCCUAAACCAGCUGAUUUAUUCCACGACAAUGCUGCCAUUUGGUGCAGCUUAGGUCCACAAUCUGAGGUACCUGAAAAUCAGGCUCCACAAGAGCAUUCCAGAUAUUCGCCCUAUCCCUCCACGAUUCCUCCUCCACCUCUCGAGUGGAUUAUCGGUCGGCCGCCAAAGGCCUCAUCUGUCGAUGAUUCCCCUAUCAUAUUUGCAAUCAACUUGAGGUGA